AUGUUUCGGUGCUGGCGCCAUAGUGUCUUAUACCUUCGUAUGCACCGCCGAGCGCAGCAACAGGGCAAAGAACUCCGUAAACAACGUCGUUUGACUCUGCUGACAGAGGCGGACCAGGCCAUCAGACAAGGCCAAAGUCGCCUCUUCUACCAGCUCGUGGAUAAGUUGGCACCCAAGGGUCGUUUUCGCAAAUUCCAAAUGACAAAGGCCGGUCAAAUUCUCACAGCAGCGGAGGAACUAGAAGUCAUGCGCAAACACUUCGUUCAGGUCUUCAACCCGGACCACCCCGCCGAGACCUCACAAGUUGCCAUCACGGUGGCCGAUGCCCCGUUUCAGGUCGAGUGUCAUGAGCUGCAAGCGUUCCUGGAUAAACUUCCUAUUCGGAAGGCAGGCGCCCCGGCCACGGCGCCAGGGGCUGUCUGGCGUGCAUGCUCGGAUAUGGUCGCUCCCUUACUGACGGAUCUCUUGAAUCGACGUUGGAGUCAGUCGCCCCUGUCCCCGCCAGAACCUUGGGCUAAGGCCUUGCAGGACGCUGGCAUCACAGGAGCUCCGGCCGAGUUAUUGUUAACAUGGUUGCACCGCUGCACAUACGAUUUAUUCGUGGAUGGUAAGUGUGCGCACAUCCCCACCACCCGCGGGGUUAAGCAGGGAUGUCCAGCCAGUCCACUCCUCUUCGCGGCCUUCAUGACUCUCAUCACACGUCGCCUCAGUACCCGCCUCUCAUGUGAAUGGGUCGCACAACACCUCACUAUGUUUGCCGAUGAUUUUCACGUGGGCAAGUGCUUCCACAGCUACCACGAACUGGAGACCCUCAGCGCUCAGGCUGACUACCUAGGUGCAGUUACCACCUAUGGCCCUAGCGCCACAGUUUGCGGGCUUUCGGAGGAGCACCAUGCACAGAUCCAGACGUUGAUGAUGCGGAACCAGAUGAUUCACUUGUGCUCUCCUUUGAACAUCCCUGGAACCAAUCGCUUGCGCGAGGUCCUUGCAUCGCAGCCACAAUCGGUGUCGCACCCAGAGCUCGAUGCAUCAUUGGCUCCCCCCAACGUGGAUCCAUCCCCGUUCUCAGGGGCCAGGGACAUGACGGAAGCCUCGCCACCACAGCCCUCAGCUGUGCCACUUUUGCCCGCGCAGGUCCUCGAAAAGCACAUCACCUCCUGGAGCUGCCCUGCUAUGCCCCUGCCUCCCACGCACACCUGUGCUCAGGUGUCCUCUCUGGGAUCACCCCAGGGUGCUGAACUUCCUGACGCUGCAUCAGCCUCGACUGCUCUCCUGGCACCGGUUUUGACCGCUUCCACUCCACCUCCGCCAGGCCAGCUGGGGCAGCGCACGGCUGUCAUCUCGGCCUCCAAUCUAGAGGACGUCCGACCGCGCGACCCCAUUCUUCGUACUGAGGUAGAACAGUCGUCGGGCAGGAUUUGGGAAAGAGCUAUGAACAUCCUUGCCGAGGGAGGGCUCUCCGCCUUACUGCGGCAUCCGAUAAAUAGGGAACUGUUGCAUCACUGUGGCGUCUGUGAUCAAUGGCUUGCUACGCCCACGGCUCUGAAAAAUCAUUACCGCCUGCAGCACACGGCGGUCUAUGACAGAGUUGUUUCCUUCACGCUCUCGCUGCACCUGAUGGCCAUGGCCGCGCCGCCGAGCCCCCAAGCGACGGACGAAGUCUUGGGGCAGCUCCAGAGCUGCUUCGGGAGCGUUCUUGCCAACAAAAGGAGCAUGGACGAUCCGAUGCAGGCGGUGCCGGCGGAUCGCACCCAGAAAACGGGACGAGGAGCGGUAGCCCUGGGAGGCCAAGGCAAAGGCUUCCAAGGAAAAGGAGCCAGACGGCGUCCAGGGGGUCGGGGGAGAGGAGAGAACAGCCGGACCUUCCCCCACGCCGACAGUCACAGCUUCUCGAGUGGCUCCACGGCGGACAACGAGGAUGCAGAACUGCUUCAUCUGUUGGCGAAAGCCGUGGUGCGUCACGAAGACUCGAUCAACAUCCUGCGCCGAUCCACCGGAUGGGUGUUUUGGGCCCGGUCUGGGGAGGGAUCGAUCCUUCCACUGCUCUCCGACCUAGCGCGGAAAUGGUCCGAGGCUGCCAGCAAACAGGAGAUUCAGCCGGGUCGGGUAAGCCUGCGGGUCACACUCCUUUGGGGACUUCUGACCUGCCUCCAGGAAAAGGUGGCCAACCUCACCCAGGAUCAGAUCGCGUUUGCGAUGCAAAGUUCGUGGAUAGACACGAAUGGCGGCUGGAACUUCCAGAAAUGGGAUGCUCAUCAUCAGAUGCUUAUCGUGGACACCUCCCGGCCACCACUGAGCACUGCGCAGGUCAAGGAGAGUCUGGGGAAACUUCUUCAGGUCAUCAACGGCGACACGCUGACGAGAUUCUCAGCGACCCAGGAGAUUCGUGCAGACGCACAGGGCAAGAUCACCUUCCACGCGGACAUCAGUCUCAGGGCGCCGGGCUCCGAUGCGCUCUACCAGGAAUUGGUGCGCCUCCAGGGCUCGGCCCUGUUCCAGAUCAUCGGGGUCCAGUUCAAGCCGGAAGGGUCUUUGACGGAGUAUGGGAGUCCAGACGUCAGGAGCUCGGACAUGUGCGCACACUUGAUGGCGGCUCUUGUGCCGCUGCAAUUUCUCUUGACCUACCCGGGCGCAACGGCGGUUUUUGGCUACACGCCGCAGCUUCAGAAAGCAUGUAGGUCAUCGAAUACCGCAUUUUGGCAGCGGUAUGUCAUCGAGGCCAGCUUGCCACCUCAGGUGUAUCUUUUGAUAUGCCGGCGUGGGGGGGUUGGCACGGGUGCAUCCGCUGGAUGCGCGGGGCCGAAUGCAAGGCUCGAAGCUGGGCGCACUCAGAUGUCCGUCAUAUGCGUACUUCAGGAACUGUGGGAGUUGGAGCUCCCCUCCAUUCUGGGUUUAGCUCAUCCUCGUUUCUCAGCGGACGACGCAGCUUCGGAUGCCGGCUGGGAGGACUUCUCGAUACCUGAAGUCGAGGUCGAAGAUUCCAGCUCGCUACGGGACGGAUCAGGGCAGCGGGACUCGCCACAGCCUGCGUCCUCAGGUCAACUGGAGUCUCCACAUGGGAUAGAGCCGACCUCUACGUCGAUCCCGUCACCCAAGGCUUCUUCUGAUGUCAUCUCCUCGUUCGUUAUCGACGCGGAUGCCGAAGCUUCUGCAACUCAGGACCUGCUGGCCACUCAGGUGUAUGCGCCGACUGAUCCGACAUCAGGAGUCUGGAGUGAGGUGUGGAAUAUGGACAGGCCGACGCUGGGUUUCCAUACAUACGAGCUGCGCUUAGACGGCAUCGUCCUGCCGCCCGAGCCAGAGCCGGACGCAUCGAGCAUGGAGCUUCUAGCUUUUUCC